UCCUUCGUUCAACUCAUAUAUAAUCUUUCUUCUCCUUCUUCUUCUCCGUUGAUGAACGUUUCAGAAAGCAAUUCUUUCUUCUCUCUUGUUCUUCAGCUCUCUCUGUGAAGGGAAGGAAAUGGAGAAGCCCGUGGAAGGGGAGGCGGUGAGCGAGAGCAGGGAAGGAUGCGAGACGACGGUGAUCCGGUCGCCGGUGCACUCGACUUUCCAUACGAUGACGGCGGUGGUGCUGUGGCUGGGAACCAUCCACCUCAACCUCGUCGUCCUCGGGCUCGCCUUCCUCUUCUCCUCCUCCUCUACCAUGAUUCUCUUGUUGAUUGGUUUAAUGGUGCUGCUGGCGGUCGGUCCGGUGGACGAAGAAAGCAGACUCGGGAAGGCCAUUGUGAGGUAUAUAUGCGAACACGGUUUGGGGUAUUUCCCUGUGACUGUUCACAUUGAGGACAUCAAGGCCUUUCACUCAAACCAAGCAUAUGUUCUCGCUGUUGAGCCACACUCAGUUUUCCCAAUUAGCUGCCUCCCUCUCUUGAACAUCACAGGGACCAUGCCUUGGUCAAAGACAAAGGCCCUUGCAAGUAACGCGGUAUUCUAUACUCCCUUUCUCCGGCAAUUGGGAACAUGGCAAGGUCUUAUCCCUGUUACAAAGAAUAAUUUUGUUAAACACUUGGAAGCAGGGUACAGUUGCAUCGUAAUCCCAGGAGGCGUGCGAGAGAUAAUGUACAUGAACCCUGCUCAUGAGGUUGCUUUUCUGAAAUCCAGACAGGGAUUCGUAAGAGUUGCCAUUGAAACGGGAAGACCUUUAGUUCCCGUCUUUUCUUUCGGUCAGACUAAUGUGUACCGUUGGUGGAAGCCGGAAGGGAAGUUAUAUGUUCGCAUUGCAAGGGCAAUCAGAUUCGCACCAUUACUGUUUUGGGGAGCCUUUGGAUCUCCAAUUCCCUAUCGUCGACCGAUGCAUGUUGUCGUGGGGAGACCAAUUGAAGUGAAGCAGAACCUCACACCCUCCGUUGAAGAGGUUGCGGAAGUGCAUGCCCGCUUCAUUACAGAUCUGGAGCAAUUAUUCCACAGGCAUAAAGCAGCAGCUGGGCAUGCGGAUGCCGACCUGAAGAUCGUCUGAUUUUCGCUUUUCUUGUACUUAAAUGAUGCAAUGUGGAGAUUGGUGGCGGCAAAUGCCUUCAGAUCUUAAAUCUCUCUCUCUCUCUCUCUCUCACACACACACACACACACACACAUAUAUUUGUUUUAUUUUAGUGAAUAAAAGAUGAGUGUCUCGGUUUUGUA